CUUCCUUCUUGAGCAAGUUGUAGUUGCUUGUAGUUGUUGGGGGAGCCCAGAGGCAAACUUUUCCUGCUCGACGCCCCUGGGUUUUUUUUUGCUUUUGUCGGGAAGGGGUUGAUCCAAGGAGCCCCUUUCCCCAAGAGCCACCGAUUAGGGUAGAUUUAGGGGUCCCACUCUCCUGCCCUCUCCUCCUCCUCCUCCUCCUGCCGGGAAAUGGAAGGAGGCACCGCGCAGGAAGAGCCGCUGGUCAGCUGCCCCGUUUGCCUAAUGGAGCUGCCCUCUGCGCGCAUCAACUCACAUCUGGACAGCUGCUUGCAGCUGCAGGGCGAAGGGGAAGACCUGUUCACCGCAGAGGUCGGAGGCAGGAGCCACAGCGCCCCCAAACCCCCAGCAGGAGCAGCGGCGGCGCCCCCAAACCCCCAGCAGCCCUCCUCGAAGAAAAUCCGGCUCUCCCGAUCUCCGGAGCGGAGAAACCAAGGAGAGGAGCAGCCGGGGAACGACCUCGGUUCUCCCCCGGUCUUCCCCCUUUUUCACCGGGGAAGGAAUCCCGGAGGGUCCCCAGCGGGGGCGCCCCGGGGUGCUGCUACCUCUCCAAACCCCGGGAAGGGGGAAGAGCGGCCGGGGGAGACUCCCGAGCGAGCCCCGGGUGCCUCGGAGCCUCCGUUGCGCGGGGAGAGCUUAGCCCAAAAACUGGAAGGGAAGCCUUUGGCGGAUAAGCUGCGGCCGAGCCACCUGGGGGAUUACGUGGGGCAGAACCGGGCGUUGGGGAAGGAGACUCUCUUGCGGUCCUUGCUGGAGGCUCACGAAGUCCCCUCGCUCAUUCUUUGGGGACCCCCAGGCUGUGGAAAGCAGGACACUUUCCUUCCUCACGUUGAGUGUGGAACCAUCACCUUGAUUGGGGCGACCACAGAAAACCCUUCCUUCCAGGUCAAUUCGGCACUGCUGAGUCGGUGCCGCGUUAUUGUUCUUGAGAAACUCUCCGUCGAAGCAGUGGAAGCUAUUCUGAUGCGAGCUGUCAAGUCCUUAGGGAUCCAGGUUCUGAGCCAAGACGAGGGACUCACCAGCUCUUUGAAUGCCAACCACAGCCAGGGCUCUGAGUAAGUAUGCCUUGUAGACUUGCAACGUGUUAACUUACACCACCGAAGGAAUCCGGUGACAGAUUGCCAAAGCAGAAGGCAGGAAGAACUUAUGGAGCGGAAAGGGGAGGGAGGGGGUGUUAAUGCUAAAACCAAAGUCUUUUAAUAGCAAAGGAAAGGGGUUGUGUUGAACACGGAGUAGUAGAC